GUCACUUUCCCCGGCCGCGUGUUUACGUGGAGCUGAAGAUGGCGGCGCCGGUGGGUCCGCCGAGCAGCCUUCAGAUCCCGUAGCGUAGACCAGCAGACCGAACGAACCGUUUCGGAAGCUUGAAGCCAAGUCUCCCUUUUGGGUUUAGUUGGCUGCGCCGUAACUGUCUUGUCUCCCUGGCAGGAGCCAUGGACGAGCAGGAGAGGCAGAAGAAGCUGGAGGCCGGCAAAGCCAAGCUUGCACAGUUUAGACAACGAAAAGCAUACACUGAUGGGCAGCAUGCAUUUAAGAAGCAGAAGAAGAAGAAAAAGAUAUCGAAAGUCAAAGAUGAAGAAUUGAUACAAGAAGGUUUGGAUAUUAACCAAUUGCAAAUAGAAGAAGCGUCCCCACAUAGCUUUCAAAGAGGAGCAGCUGCUGCAUCUGAAUCUGUUGCAGUGAGAACUUUGCAGAGUGAUGAAAUGAUCAAGCAUGAUCAAACAUAUACCACAGAACUAGAAAGUGAGAUUUCUACUCCAGCAGAUGAUUACAGCUCAGAGAUAAAUGGUGGCAAUUUUUUGACAAGAACUGAUGUACCUUCUGACUUUAUUAGGGAAGAAGAAUUGGAAUUUGGAGAGAAGUAUACUGAUCAUGAGGUGCAGAAUACUGUAACAGAACUGGAGAUGAUGAAGAAUGAAUUGGCUGGAAAGCAGCAAGAGAUUGAAGAGCUAAAUAAAGAGCUAGAAGAAAUGAGGGCAGCGUAUGGUACAGAUGGGUUGCAACAGCUGCAGGAAUUUGAAACUGCUAUCAAAAAAAGAGACAACAUUAUAACUCAGCUCACUGCUAAUUUGCAGCAAGCCAGGAUGGAAAAAGAUGAAACUAUGAGGGAAUUUUUGGAAUUGACAGAACAAAGUCAAAAAUUGCAAAUUCAAUUUCAGCAUUUACAGGCAAGUGAAACCUUGAGGAAUUCUAGUCACAGCAGUACAGCGGCUGAUUUACUACAAGCUAGGCAACAGAUAUUUGCCUAUCAGCAACAGCUUGAAGACCAAGAGCAGCUGUUAAGAAACUAUCAGAAGAAAAAUGAAGAUUUUGAAGUGCAGGUUUCCCUUCUGCAACAUAAAAUCAUGGACAUGGAAAAAUGGAAAGAUGAAGAAGAUUGUUCUACAAAGAAGAAAAUCCACGAACAACAAACAACUAUUGAACAACUGGAAGCAAAAUGUACAGAACAUGAAGAAAAUAUAUUUCUAUAUCUGAAAAAAUUAUCAAUUGCUGAGAAAUCUCUACAGGAAUUAAAAGAAGAGACUUUUCAAAAGAAUCAAGAGCUGGGUAAUGUGAAGCUUGAACUAACAAUUUCUAAACAAAAAGAAAGACAGUGCUCUGAUGAAAUAAAGCAGUUAAUGGGAACUGUGGAAGAACUGCAAAAGCGAUUUCACAAAGAUAUCCAACAUGAGAAUGACAUCAAAGAAAAAAUGGAACUUGAAGCCCAAAGGAAACUUGCAGAUCUCAGGGCAGAAUUAGAAGAAAUGCAUGGCCAGCAGAUUGUACAACUGAAGCAAGAAUUAAUCAGAGAACAUUCAAUAGAAAUGAAAAAGCUUCUUGCCCAACAAAAAGCAGAUUUAGAGAAAGUAUGCUCUGAUAAAACUAAUGAAGACCAAAUGCACUUAAUGAAUACUGCAAUUAAUGAGUUGAAUCAGAUGCUUCAGGAUGCUAAUUAUCAAAAAGAAAAAGUAAAACAAGAAUUAACCAAACAGGUUGAACUGUUAUCCUUGGAAAAAUCUUCUUUUCAAAAUCAAGUGGAAGAUCUUUGUCAAGAACUGAGCUUUGCAAGAGAACAGAUCCAAAGAGUUAAGAAGACUAUAAAUGAAAAAGAAUCCAAAUUGCAGGAAGUAGAUAUGUUAAAAAGCACUAUUGGAGAUCUAAAAGCUCAACUUGCUUCAGCCUCAGAGAUCAGGAAAGAACUAGAAAUGAAACACGAGGCAGAAAUUACAAAUUACAAAAUAAAACUUGAAAUGCUAGAAAAAGAAAAGGAUGCUGUUUUGGACAGGAUGGCAGAAUCUCAAGAAGCAGAACUGGAGAGAUUGAGGACUCAGCUUUUAUUCAGUCAUGAAGAAGAAUUAUCAAAAGUGAAAGAUGAUUUACAAAUAGGACACAAAAUAAAUAUUGAAAAUCUUAAAGAUAAUAUGACAAUGCAAGCUAAACAACAGUUAGAUGAUUUGCAAAAUGAAAUGAACAAAAAAUUAGAAGCUAUGCAGUUUGAAAAGGACAGCUUAAUAAAAAAUCAGAAUCAACUCACAUUAGAAAUAGCAAGACUAAGAGAUUUACCUACAGUAAAUACUAACUCCGAAGAAAUGAUGCUUCUGGUAAAUAACUUCCAGGAAGAGAUAGACGUUCUUAGACAAGAAGAAAAGAAAAAAUGUAUACUUGAACAGGAAAUUCAGGAGUUGCAACUUAAAACAGAAUUACUUGAGAAACAAAUGAAAGAGCAAUCACAUUGUCUUCAAGAAAAGUAUUUAUUGGUUGAAGCUCAAAAUAAUGUUCUUGAAGGUGAAAAUAAGGUUCUGCAAGACAGAUUAAACAAAUGCACAAUUAGGAAUGUGGAAGGGAACUUGGUUUUAACUAGUGACAAUUCGAAUUCAGAGGAGUUUGAUUUACAAAACAGAAUAGACAAAUUAAUAGCUGAAAAUGAAAAACUUGUACAACAAGACAUCAAACAAAAAGAAGAGAUUGAUAUACUAAAAAACUCCUUUUCACUUGCUGAAAUAAAUUUUAACCAUAAUUACCAAGAACUCCAAGAAAAUUAUGCUUGUCUUUUAAAAGUAAAACUGGAUUUAGAAGAAAGUAAGGACAAAAAUGAAGCUGAAUAUAAAACUAAACUCCAAGCUUUGAUGGAAAAGAUUCAACAUUUACAGGGAGUUUUUCCUGCUGGGUUGGAAACUCAAAAUAUAGUUGUUCACAGUAAGAGGGAAAAAGUAUUAAAAGAUUUUGGGGAAGUUAUAGAAAAAGACACAACAGAACUUAUGGAAAAACUAGAGCUCUCUCAGCAUGAGAAUUUAGAACUUUCAUUAAGACUUUCUGAUCUUUCUGAACAGUUAAAAAUAAAGCAUCAUCAAAUCUGCCAAUUAAAUGCAGAGGUUAUGUGCCUAAAACAAGAUAAAGAACAAAUUUCAGCAAGGUGUAAAGAACUAGAAUUUGUAAUUAGUCAUAAAUUGGAGAAUAUGAAUUCUUUUGAAGAGAAAACAGAAAAUUGCAGUGGGGAACUAGCCAAAGUUAAUGAACCUGGAAAUUUUAUUUCUGACUUCAAUCAGAAAUUUGACAGAACAAUAAAAGAAAAAGAAGAAAAAUUAAUACCCAGUGAGUUGUUGGCUCAUAGCAUUCCAGUGGAAGAGAUACUUCAACAAAAACUGAGCCCAGAACCAGAAUCACUGUUGGAUAACUUUAAUCAAAUGCAUGAAAUAACAGGAGACUCUGUGUGUAUGAAUUUUGCACAAAGUGAAAACAAGCUAAAGGAACAACUGGAUAUGUUGAAAACUGAGCAGAACGAUUUAAAAUUGCAGAUGGAGGCCCAACGUAUUUGUCUCUCUGUGGUUUACUCAGCGCAUAUGAAUCAGGUGCGUGAAUACAUGGAAAAUGAAAAAGAGAAUGCACUUUCUGCUCUUAAAGAAGAUCUCCAGUUACGUCAUACACAAGAGUUGUGUGAGCUAAAGAAAAGUCAGAUUGUGGACAAUCAAAAAACAGAUGAAAAAGACCAGUCUGCAUGGGUGCAUCUGGAAGAACUUAGCAAGAAAGUAGUUGAAGAAUGUUCAAAGCUCACUAAGUCAGUACGUGAAAUUCUUCCUGAACCUUUUUCAAAUGCUACUGAACUUGAUGUUGAUGAGCGAAAUCAAUAUAAUUCAGCAUUAAUGCCAACAGAAGACCCUCAAGUUUUGCAAGAAACCCUACAAAGUCUCCUGAAUAAUAUAAUGGAAACGUCCGAGAGGCUACUAGAAUAUCAAGUAGAAUUCAUAGAAAGCAGAAAAAAGAUGGAAGAUCAACAGACAUCCCAUGUUGAUUAUAAUGAUAAAGAGACUGGGUCUAUUCAACAGAAUGUAGAAUCUUUGCCUAUUGCAUCUCAAGAUCUAGUUGGUAUUAAAGUCAAGACAAUUUCUCAGGAAGAAGUAGAGAACUUGAAAUUUCAACUCGAAGAACAACAUGCCCAAGAAAUUGAGCAUCUUCGAUCAUAUUUCCAUCAGCAGUUAAAAGAAACUGAAGAAAAAUAUUUUACAGAGAUAGUUCACCAACAGAAUAGACUCCAAAUUGCCAGCGAGUCUUCUGAAAAUUCCAGUGUUUCUGUGGAGUCACAUGUAAAUGAAGAUAAGCAGGAAGCAAGACAGGCUGAAGGUGAUAUUCAAAAAAAUGCUGAGAAGAUAAUAGAGUUACCUAAUGAAGCUGAUGUGACUGAAUUGCUGGAAAAACAGUACCAAGAAAAGCUGCUACAAGAAGUGGCAAAGGUGGUUGUAACCAUGAGUAUAGAAUUUGCACAGAAAACUGAACUUGCAAGAAUUGUUAAUCUAAAGAAAGAGGAAAUUUCACUGAUGAAACCAAUAGAAACUCAGCUGGAGAAUAAUUAUCAUAGAAAGGAAUAUCUAGAAGAAUUAAAUAGUCACAUAAAUGAGAAGUCGUGCACUAAGCCUGAAGAAUUGUGUGGUAAAAUGUCAUCACUCGAAGGACAAUUUGAACUUGAUGCUAAACAAGCUACACUAUAUGAAGUGCAACAUUUUAAUCCAAAGCUUUCAACAUACCAGUACUCUUCCUCCCAUGAAGAAGAAUUUAUUGAAAAGAUACCUAUGAUAAAAAAUGAAGUUUCAACUUCCAGCAUUGUUACUUCAACCCAGGUAUUGUCUUAUGAGGAUCGUCUGGAAGAUAUGCGUCAAGAGCUUGUUCGUCAGUAUCAGGAACAUCAGCAGGCAACAGAAAUAUUAAAACAGAGUCACAUGCAGCAAAUGGAGAGGCAGAAAGAAAACCAAGAGCUUCUCCUAACGGAGCUUGAUAGUCUUAAAAUACAAUUAGCAGAGAAUAUUAAUGAAAAUGCCAUAACAGAAAGAGAACAAAUGCUUUUAGACGAACUAGAAUCACUAAAGAAGCAAUUAAUAGCUGGGAGAGAAAAGCAACUUUCUGAGUUAAAAAACAGCAGUACUCAAACACAGAAUGAAAGUGUGAAUCAGACUGAAAAUAAAGAGCAUGUUUUAAAAGUUGAAGGUGGAGAAGAAAAAGAUGAACAAACUUCUCUCAACAUUCUUUCAAAAGAGAGAUGUACUUUGCAGAAAGCCAGUAGUAAGCUGAUGAAGAUUCUGUUGGAUAUUGUGAAGACUACUGCAGCUGUAGAAGAAACAAUUGGACACCUUGUUGUGAAACUUCUAGAUCAGUCACCAAAAUCUCAGUUCCUUUUUAAAAGUCUUACAUGGGAGGCAAGAGCAGAAGGCACCUUAAAACCAAGCAUCUACAUGGGAUAUGAGCCAGAAAGGCCAUCAUCUCAGUAUAUUGGCAAUGAUCUUGAAAGUCAAGACAAUAUCAUAUGGUCAGAAAUAACAGAUGAAGAGUUUGAACUUACCCAGUUCCUUGGCAUGGAAAUAGAUGCAAAAAAUGGAGAGCUAAUUCUAAAUAUCAAUAGCCGACUUCAAGCGGUAUUUGAAAAACUUCUUCAAACAAUAAAUGAAACUGCUAAUCAGCAACUUGAUGAGAGCAAGUUUAGCAAAGAAACAUUUAUAAUUGAACAGAAAAUGGUGUUUGAAAAGAGCAGUGGACCUUUAAUAAAGCUUGAACAUGCAAAAGCUACACAAACAGAAUUGAUGCAAGAAUCCUUUAAAUGGGAACAUGAAGCUACUGAAUUAACCAAAUGUCAGGAAGAAUUGCAAGAAAGGUUUGAUGAAGAGGUCAGAACUAGAGAGCAGAUAGCAUUGGAACUUAGCAAAGCAGAGAAUCUUAUUGAUGGUUAUGCAGAUGAAAAAUCACUUAUGGAAAAACAAAUGCAGGAAAAGACAGAGGUAAUAGAGCAUCUUGAACAAGAGCUACUUCGUACAGGUAACAAAUUACAGGAACUAGAGGCUGAGAGACAGCACCUUCAAGAAGAGAAAGAAUUGCUCUUCAGACAAAAAGAUGCUAUGAAAGCUGAUGCAGGACCCAUAGAAAAACGCCUAGUACAUGCUGCAGUCAAUGCAGCUUCCCAAACAGAGUUGCUGGCGGAGACAGAAAAGUUAAUGAAAGAAAAAAUAGAAGUGCAGCGGCAAGCUGAAAAAGAAUACAAUUACCUUCAAAAGCAGGUGAAGGCUCUGGAAACUGAUAUAGAGGAGCAGGUCAACCAGUUUUUGGAGCUAGAGCAAGAAAAAAACGCAGAGCUAAUGGAUCUAAGGCAGCAAAACCAAGCUCUAGAGAAACAGCUUGAGAAAACAAAAAAAUUUCUAGACGAGCAGGCAAUUGAUAGGGAGCAUGAGAGAGAUGUUUUCCAGCAAGAAAUACAAAAGCUUGAGCAACAGCUUAAAAUUCCUCAAAGAUUUCAACCAGUCAGUGAACAUCAAAAUAGAGAGGUUGAAGAGUUAACAAAUAAUCUUCAGGAGAAAACAGAUAAAUGCAGUGAGCUUCUGCUUUCUAAGGAGCAACUUCAGAGAGAUGUGCAAGAACGGAAUGAAGAAAUUGAGAAAUUAGAAUGUAGAAUCCAAGAACUGGAACAAGCUUUAAUGAUCAGUGCAGACAAUAUACAAAAGGUGGAAGGAAGAAAGAAAUUUGGGUCUGCAACUAUAAGGGGGGACUUGCCUCUAGAAGUACAGCUACAGGCUGAGCAAGAAGCUGUAGACAGGAAGGAAAAAGAGAUCAUAAAUCUUGAGGAACAGUUAGAACAGUUCCGUGAAGAACUAGAAAACAAAAAUGAAGAAGUGCAGCAGUUACAGAUGCAGCUACAAAUUCAGCUAAAAGAGUCUACAACUCGACAGCAAGAACUUGAACAAGAAAAUAAAUUAUUUAAGGAGGACAUGAAACAAUUGGGUCAAGCUAUCCAGAAUCCUGAAGAUACUUCUAUAAAGGGUCAUCAUCAAGUUCCUGGAAAAUAUAUAGAGAUUAUACAGGAAAAGGACAAGAAAAUCCAUGAACUCCAAGAACAAAUUUCAAAAUUGCAACAGCAGAUGGAAAUUACAACAGAUAAUAAACAGAAAAAUGAGCAGAUAAAGGAACUGGAAGCCCAAAUAGAAAUUUUAAAGAGUGAUCAAGAACGUGUCAAGCAGAACAAUGAACAAGAAAUAGAACAGCUAAAUGAAGUCAUUGAAAAACUCCAGCAAGAAAUGGUGAAUAUUGAACACAAGAUACCUUUGGACUUUUCACUGACUCAAGAUGAUUUUGAUAAUUUAAAACACCAGCUUGAUGUUGUAUUGGCAGAAAAGGAAGAUUUAGUGAUACAAGUGAAAAAUAAUGUUAAGCAAUUAUGUGUUGCAGAGAAUGAACUUGAAGAAAAGCAAAUUAACAUAGUAAAAUUAGAGAAAGAACUAGGUAUAUUGAAAGAAGAACUUGAAAAAACUAGAGAAAAAUCUGAACAAAAUAUAAACAUAUGCCAACAACAAGAUGCACAGAUAAAUACAAAGAUUGAAGAAGAUGCUUCUAGAACAAAUAUAAAUUUUCAGCUACUUGAGAAAGCUCUAGAGGAGAAGGAUUUAGAGUUAAUCCAAUGCAACAAGGAUUUCAAGGAUUUCAAAGACCAAGCCCAUAUGGCGUCAAACAAGCUCAAACAAAGAAUAAUGGAGCUAGAAGAGGCCCUUGAACAAAAGGAACAAAAGAUUGCUGUAACCCUUCAACAUCAAGGUGAAUUGAAUGUGGUUCUGGAGCAAAGUCAGCUUUCUCCCGUGGUAGCUGCAGUUUCAGAAGGUAACAAAGAAGAAGCCCUAUGUAUUCCAUUAGAAAAUGAAAAACAUAUAGGUAGGGAAGAUGCAACAACUAGGUUAUUAGAGCUAUCAGAGAAACUUGCAGAGAUGCAGAGCCAACUGGCAGAUGCACAGAAUAACCUUCAACUAGAAAGAACAAAACUGGAAAUUGUACAGAAGGAGACAAAAGAAAAGGAAGAGAGGCUUGUUGAACUUAAACAACUGCUAAAAGAAAUAGAACAAAGGCAUAAAGAGGAGAAAUUGUCAAGUUCUCAGGAAAAGUUGCAAACUCAGGUGGUCACAGAGCUGGAUGAAAACAAGCAAAGAAAUUAUCUUGCUUUAGAAAAAGUCAGAGCGGAGUCAGCUGCAGCCAAGGAAGAGCUUAAUAACUACAAAGAAAAAGCAGAGAAAUUGAAAGAACAGUUACUGGUAAAAGAAACAAACCUGAUUUGUCUUAAAAAUGAAUUAGAACAAACCAGAGAUAAAUUAGCCCAGGCAGAAGAAAAAAUUUCUGGAUAUAUAAAGAAGGAAAAGAAUAUUAUAAAACCAGAGCAAAUAGAUGCCAGAUGGAUAAAUGCAUCAAGUCAGACAGAAAAAGCACAGCAGAUCAGUAGCUGCAACCAGACUUCACAACUCCUUGUGAAAAGUGAAGGAAUUCAGAUUGAUUUACAAAACGAAUAUUCUUCAGCAGAAGUUACAGAACUCAUAAAAGAAUUUAAUGAAAAAAUUGAACAAAUGCAGGAAUUACAUGCUGCUGAAAUAAUGGACAUGGAAACGAGACACAUCUCAGAAUCUGAAGUAUUGAAAAGAGAACAAUUUAUUGCAGUACAGGAGUUAACAGAAGAAUGUAAUACUUUGAAAAACGUCAUAGAUGUCCUAAGAAAUAAAGAAGCAAUCCCGGGUAUAGCACAGUCUCUAACUUCUGUUGCCAAUGAUAGAUCAUAUAGUGACUCUGCUUCAGACUGGAACCAAGGAACGUACCUGACUCCAAACCAUGGAUCAGAAACCAUAUCAGAUGCUGUAGAAGAGGAAGAUGAAACAACAAUGGAUUUUCUUCCAAAGAAAAUCAAGGGCUUGCUAAGAGCUAUUCAUCACGAGGGCGUACAGGUACUUUCUCUCACAGAAUUUCCUUACAAUGAAGGUGAAGUUCGUCCUACUAAACAAGAACCUUGGCUAGAAGAACGCAAGGCUUUCUUAAGCAGUAUUUCAUCUCUGAAGGAAUUAAUUGCCAAAAUGCAGAUUCACAGACAAAGUAAGUUUUAUGUAGCAUCUGAAUCUUCUGAUGAUGUCUCAGAUUGGCGGGCUGAACUGCUCUAUGCUGUUCAACAAAUUUUCCAAAAAGAAAAGGAUAUUCUUCUAGCAGCAUUUCGGACUGAAUUGGCAGAAGUUGGUGUUCAAGAUGCUUUGGUACUAAUAGAUCAGAUGGAAAGGAGACUUCAAGAACAGGUGACAUAUCAGAGGAGUGCUUUGGAUUUCCUUCAGAAAGCAGACAGACAAAGUUUGUUAAUGGAAACCAAUAUUUUGCAUGCACAGCUAAACAGGCAAGGUGAAGAAAAGGAAGAAAUAGAAAUUCAUCCAAAAUAUCAAGAACUGUUGGGAUACAAUAUGGAAAUGCAAAUAGAGCUCAAAAAUAUCAAGGACAGAACAGCUGAACUUCAAGAGCAGCUCAACUCUGAAAGGAUGGUGGUUGCAGAAUUGAAGAAUGAACUUGGGCAAACCAAGCUGGAAUUGGAAACAACCCUAAAAGCACAACAUAAGCACUUGAGGGAUCUGGAAGCUAUCAGAAAUGAACUUAAGGGAAAGGCAACUGAACUUGAUAUCUUAAAAAACACAAUUAUAAAUGAACAGAAGAAAUCAAGAGAGUUUCAGUGGGCACUGGAGAAGGAGAAAGCAAAAGUGGAACACAGUGGUAAAAAAGAAAAAGAAGAAAUGGAGGAUUUGAAAUCAUCUUUUGAAAAUGAAAGACAGAAGAAUAUAGAACUGAGUAAUCUUUUGGAACUUGAAAGAGAGCUGUCAAAUGAUUUGCAAAAGAAGAUUGAAUCCCAGGAAGCAUUAAAUGCAGUACAACUAUCUGAGGAGCACAGCUGUAACUCUGAGCUCCAAGUACUGUUGGAAUCUGAGAGGCUCAAAGUUCUUGAGUUAUGCAGCGCCCUAGAGAGAGAAAAAGACUUACGCGCCCAGCUCCAGAUGAUUGAACAGACAAAGCGGGAUGGAAGUUCUACACAUUCAGAAGAACUGUUCAAAGAUCUGCAAAAGCAGUUGGAUGAAAAGCAUAACCGUAUAGUUCUAAUGGUUAACGAAUUAGAAGAGAAUAAAUUGGAAUGUGUGAAAUUGAAACAACAGUUGGAAAAAGAGAAGCAGAUUCAGAGAAAAACUCUACAGGCAGAACAAGAUGCUAAUAUCUUGGCACAGAAAAAAAUACAUGAACUGGAGUCCAGAGUGGAAGACUUGCAGUGGCGACUUGAAGAAGAGAGACAGCAAGUUCUUCAAUUGCUGGGUAAUGAAAAGAAACAGCAAGAAAUGGUUGAAGAAUUACAGCAAAAAAUACAGAGAAAGGAGGUAGGAUUGCAGGUGGAAAAAGCAACAUGUCAGGCUGUAAAUGAGGUUCCUUUGGAUGAAUCUAAUGAACGAACAAGAAAGUGGAUUUUCCAGCAGAAAAUGGGACAAACUGAAACAAAAGAAUUAUCUUACUCUUCCUUAAUGGGCAUUGGAGGAGGAGGAGGUGAUGCCUCCAGACAAUCUCAAGAGCUUGAGAUGGUUCGGCAGAAGCUCAAAAAUGUGUUUUCCAAGCUGAAACACUUGGCCAGUAAAGCUGCCUGCAGAUUACCCUUUGAAAAAUCAGAUGAUGAAGACUUAAUUGGAAUACAAACUGACAUUGAAGAAAUUCUAUUAAAAUUGCAAGUGCUGUCUGAUUUAUAUAGCCUGGAGAUUAAUUCAGAUUCCCCAUCUUCAGCCUCAUUGACUGAAAGGCUGCUAAAACAGAAUGCUGAAUUGACUGGGUUUGUCAGUAGAUUGAGUGAGGAGAAGAACAAUAUGAGGAACACAGUCAUGAAACUGGAGGAGGAACUGAGAAGAUACCAAUACACAGGAUCUUGUGGAACUUUUAGACAGUCUCUACAUAAUGGAAAAAAUGUUGAUGCACUGAUUGCUUCUGAAAAAGAAAUCUGGCAUAAAGAGAAAUUAAGUCUUCAACAGUCCCUCAAGCAGGCGGAAACCGAACUGGCCAAACUGAAAGCAGAAUUAAGAAAUGAGGCUUUCUUGAGAGAACUGGGAUCAGAUUCUGAAAAUGCAGCUUUAAAGCGAGUUUAUGGAAGAUACUUGAGAGCAGAGAGCUUUCGGAAGGCUCUCAUCUAUCAAAAGAAAUAUUUGCUGCUCUUACUGGGUGGCUUUCAGGAGUGUGAAGAAGCCACUUUAACUCUUAUUGCAAGAAUGGGUGGGCAGCCUUCGUACACUCAACUGGAGGUCAUUACACACCAUUCAAAAAGUUUUACCCGAUUUCGCUCAGCUGCUAGAGUGCUAAUUGCAAUUUCAAGAAUGAAGUUCCUAGUUCGAAGGUGGAAACGAGUUACUGGUUAUCAUUUAAUUGGCGUCAACAGAGAUAGUUAUAGUCAGAACACAGGUAACGAGUUACGGUCUGAUUCAUUUUCUGGUAGUCUGGAACUCUGUGGAGAACAUAGAGCUGCUUCUUAUAGAUCCAGAUCGGAACUGGAAUCUCUCAGAUCUCCUUUUUCUUAUCAGCAGAGCCCAGUUUCCCUUGCAUGUUAUCAGCUUCAGAAUUACGAUCCUGAUAGAGCUUUAUCAGAUUAUAUUAAUCGUCUGGAGUCCCUACAGAGACGACUUGGCAAUGUACAGCCAGCAUCCGCUUCACAAACUCAGCUGCAUUCUGCUCUCCGAAGAUAAUCUUUGAAAUAUUUUUGCCAAUAGUAACAUCAAAUGAAAUGCCUUCUGCAAAUUAUCCUGCUGCUGUGCUUUUGUACAAUGUCGUGGGACCAACAUGAAUACAGUUCAACAAUUGUAUGCAGUUCACCUUGCUGGCACCACACAAAGAUUAGAAGUUAUGUAUAUAGGCAUUUUUUGUGGUUGUUUGAGCCUGAUUAUUAAAUCUCAUGUAUAUUUGUGGAAUGCUAA